AUGGCAAUUUUUUCAUCACAUUCGUCUUCUUCGUCUUCUUCCUCGUUUUCUUCUUCCAAUAACUCAAAGGCAUGGAUCAUCCAUGGCAUCGUGGUUGGGGUUUCAAUUGUAGCCGCUGCCGGUGCUCACGUUUACUUCACUCGAUUCUACAAAUUCCGUAGCCGGGUCGUAGGUAUCAUACCCGCUCGAUUUGCUUCCUCCCGGUUCCCUGGAAAGCCUCUCGUUCAGAUUCUUGGCAAGCCUAUGAUCCAGAAUAAGUUCCUCAAGAUAUUUUCCCAAGUCACCCGACCACUUGACUCACAUAGCAUCACUCAAUUGUUGUUUGGUGUGCCAACCUAUAUUCCUCGAGAUGAAUUUGAUAUUGCUGAAGAUAUAGAAGAAAGUGACAACGAAGUUGAUGAUGGAAAUGGUGCAAGAGGCGAUGAUGAUGAUGAUGAUGAUGGUGGUGGUAGUGGUGGUGAUGAUUAUUGUUGUCAGAAUCGCGAUCAAAAUCGUGAAAUCCAUGGAUUUUGCGAUUUUGUUCACCCUAAACAAUUUGAAUCGUGA